UAACACAGGAAGUCCUUACCCCUCCCUGUCUCUCUUGCUUUCCAUGUGUCUUCCUCCUAUAUCGGAAGCUGCACUAACAUGACAGAAUUCACUCCAAUGCUGCUUCUUCCCCUCCCCACUAAUAUUUUGGACUUUGGUACUUGGUUUUGUAACUUGCCACGGAACCUGCCCGGCAGCAGAGUCUGUAUUGUUCUAUGAAGCAUUUUUUUAACACUAAUGGGGGUUAAGUUGUCUUUAAAGUUGCCCCCGGUGACUGGGCCGCACUUUGUGAGUUGCACAGAUAUCAUGGUGGGACACAGCAAGGAGCAGGGCAGUUUUUUCCGUCUCUUUUACCCAUGUAGCUCUUCAGAUACUGUGCAACAUCCAACGUGGUUACCAGAUUCUGAGUAUGUCACAGCUUUGGCCAAGUAUUUAGGCUGGGAUAGCAGAAUUACACCGUAUAUUUCUUCGCUAAUUCUUGGAAACCCUGAAGUCCCAGUUUCGUGGGGUAUUCCGCUUGUGCCUGGUGUGGACAAGAAGCCACUCAUCAUUUUCUCACAUGGACUUGGAGGAUUUAGGACGGUAUACUCAGCAUUAUGUAUGCAGCUUGCAUCUCAUGGAUUUCUGGUUGCAGCCUUAGAACACAGGGAUGGAUCAGCAUGUGCCACAUACCAUUUUGGAGAACCCACAAAUGCACCUGUAAAAGAGGUUUGGGUCCCGUUUAACAAAGUAGAAGUGGGAACGAAAGAGUUUUACCUCAGAAAUUACCAGCUUCAUCAAAGGGCAAAUGAGUGUGUCAGAGUCAUGCACGUUCUACGAGAUAUCAACGCUGGAGUUGCAGUGUUUAAUGUUUUAAAGUCUGACUUUGAUUUGGAAACACUAAAGGGCAGGAUCGACUUUAACAAAGUAGCUCUAAUGGGUCAUUCCUUCGGUGGAGCUUCUACACUUCUUAGUCUGACAAAGGAUGAUACAUUUAGGUGUGCUGUUGCACUGGAUGCCUGGAUGUUCCCUCUGGACGAUGCGUCUUAUCCUGACAUCAGAAAGCCAAUACUGUUCAUAAAUGCAGAACAUUUCCAGACUAGUUCUAGCAUCGAAAAAAUGAAAAGACUAAAUGCUGGAAAUAAGGAGAGCAAAAUUAUAACUAUUCUAGGAUCUGUACAUCACAGCCUGUCAGAUUUUGCCUUUCUAUCUGGGUUUCUUACUGACAGACUCCUUCAACCCCGUGCAAAGAUAAACCCAGGGCAGUGUUUGCAAGCAACCAUCACAACAGCCCUUACCUUCCUCCAGAAACAUUUAGAUCUGCCUGGAAAUCUUUCUAGCCUGGACAGUCUGAGUGAAGAGAUCAGAGCUUGUAUUUUACCAGACUUUUCAAUCACAAAUUCCAGCAAACUUUGAGAUUUUUAGAGAAACUGUCCCACCGAUCCUCAUACACAGCAAAACCAUGUGCCAAGAGAUUGGGGCAAGACUGAGAAAAGAAGGUCCAUUGUUUCAUGUGAACGGACUCGUGAUGCUUUAAAUAAAUGCUUUACUGUUGGAAAAUGAA